AUCUGAUCAUUCAUCCUGCAGUUGUUAACGCUGCAACACCGCGCACAGACACAGCCUCUCUCUAUUAUGUGUACACAUUGAUUCGCUCUGUCGUCUUUAUAGAGAAUUUAAUAGCCAGGAAUAAUUUAACCUUUUUGCAUGACUCUUUUUGGAUUUAUAAUCAUAUUUGCUUGGAUUUCUGAAUGACUUGUCUGCUUUCCUGUAAAUCAUAAUGGAUUAUUAUAACACAGUUGCAGUAGUUGAGAGCAUUGAAAGAAAAUACAUCUGUACUACUGUAGACUAUUGUCUACUGAGUACCUAGUUUACUGAUAAUAAUACACCCAGCUGAUUGUGAUUGCUGAGUUUAUGCUACUUACCUCAUAGUCUUUUCAGUCACUGUUUUACUAAAAGAUUUUUUAAAAUUUUCUUCAACUGAGUAUUAUCAAACAUCAAAUAAUUUAAUAAUUACUCUAGGCCUUGAAUGCCUGAUUGGAUUAAUACAUUUCCUAGCCUUCUAUGCUAUCACUUUGGUGUGAGGACUUAGGAAGAUUAUUAUUAUUACGGCACCAGAAGAAUCGCACAAACGAACCUAGCAAGCACACUCCCUCCCUGCUCCCUGCUAACAUGCACUCGCAGAUGUCGAAGGGCAUGCAGCCAAAUAUGUUACAAGGACCUGAUCCUGGACUUUCUUGGCAGGGACCACCUCAACAGUCGCAUCAUCAGCAACCCUCUUUGAGUGUAGUGACCACAGUGUGGGGUGUUACACAGACCAGCAACAGUGCACCGAACACAAACAACUCCUUCGUACAAGGUAAUAACCCAGUUAAUGGAAUGAAUAACCAACAGUUUCUUCAGCAACAGCAACCUUAUUCUGGGAAUCACAUCGCACAGGCGAAAGGAUACCCAAUGAACGGCCCAGGACCAUACAGACGGGAUUCACAACCCUACAGGGGGACAAGCAAUGGGUUCCCACCAAACCCUCACAACACCCAUCAGCCUGGAAUGCAAGGGGACAUGGCACAGCCUGCAGCUGCUGCAGCAGCUGCGGCUGUUGCCGCUGCUGCAGCGACUGCAACUGCCACAGCAACAGCAACAGUCCUGAAGGAACAACAACAGCAGCAACAGCAACAACCUCAGCAACAAGGAAUGGAUUAUGGACCAAUGAGGCCAGGGCCAGGUUUCAACCAGCCAUUCCCUGGGCAACAAAACAAUUUUGGAAACAAGCAGCAAAUGUAUAAUACUGGUAUGCAAAGGCAGUAUCCACAGUACAUGAAGCGACCUUACCCAGGCCACCCCGGUCACAUCAAUCAACCAGGGUUCAACCCCCAGGCUGUGUCCAACCCAGCAUAUCAGAACAUGCACAAUGUUACUCCCAAUUCAUACCAAAAGAUGGCAAACACGUUCCAGAACCCACAACGGAUGGCUUCACCAAACUUUAUGGUACGGCAGAAAAUGCCAAUCACUGGUAACUAUGGCAACAUGGGAGGCAACGGACCGUUUUUUAGAGACCACCCAAUGGGUAUGCAAUACAACCAGCAAAAUAUGGGCCAAUUACCGAAUUCGCACGCUGUGAAUUUCCAGCACUCUCCCGGUGGCAUGCCUGGUAACCCAACUCCGCCACUUACCCCAGGGCCAAACAUUCCUUCCUACAUAUCACCAACCCCACAGGAUAUCAAGCCGUAUCCGAAUGGCCCACCAGAUAUGAAGGCCUACUCCAACGGCCCAGCAGACAUGAAAGCCUACUCAAAUGGCCCAGUAGACAUGAAACCAUCAUUACUCGCAUCCGAUGAGCUUAGGAUGACAUUUCCUGUGCGAGACGGCAUUGUCUUAUCACCUUUCCGAUUGGAGCACAAUUUGGCGGUCAGUAACCAUGUCUUCCAACUCCGUCCGUCAGUUCAUCAGACGCUGAUGUACAGGCAUGAUUUGGAGUUACAAUUCAAGUGUUACCACCAUGAGGAUCGACAGAUGAGCACCAACUGGCCAGCCUCGGUUCAAGUCAGUGUGAACGCCAACCCCCUGUGCAUUGAGAGGGGAGACAACAAGAGCUCACAUAAACCAUUAUACUUAAAAGAAGUGUGUCAGGCUGGUAGAAAUACAAUCCAGAUCACAGUCACUGCCUGCUGCUGUUCACAUCUGUUCGUCUUACAACUCGUCCAUCGGCCGACUGUGCGGUCAGUUCUUCAAGGGUUGUUACGGAAACGGCUCCUGCCAGCUGAACACUGCAUUACCAAAAUAAAGAGAAACUUUUCCAACGAAGCAUCAUCAAACUGUCUCGAGGACAGUGGUGUUGAGCAGACAGCGGUGAAGGUCUCAUUAAAAUGUCCAAUCACGUUUAGGCGUAUAACACUGCCAGCACGAGGGCCUGACUGUAAACACAUACAGUGUUUUGAUCUAGAAUCCUACUUACAGUUAAACUGUGAACGAGGCUCAUGGAGAUGUCCUGUUUGCAACAAAGCAGCAUCUCUUGAAGGGCUUGAGGUAGACCAGUUCAUGUGGGGAAUUCUGACCGCUGUCCAGUCAGUAGAAUUUGAAGAGGUAACGAUUGAUGCCAGCUCGAGUUGGAAACCGGUACCGCUAAAACCAGAUGUGAAAGAUGAAGAACCAGUGAUUGAUAAUUGUCAGUCAGCUAAGAGGUUCAAAGCAAUGUCCCCGGGGAGUAUGACGAUGCCUACCAUGAACAACUAUGAAGGUAUGGUCCCCUCACCAUAUGGACCGCUUCCCCCACCAGAAUAUUGUCAAGGCCAGACUACAAUUCCAAGCUCAAAUACACCAAACUUCAACAACUUUGACAACUUCAACCCUGCACAGCGAGGAGCAAACUUUGGCACAGCACAGAUGCAGCAUUAUGAAGAUUCAAACAUCGCCGCCAAUGAUUUAGUCAGCGUUGAAAAGAGAUUCAAUCCUGAUGCUCAGAUUCACUCACCACUAAACGCCGCCCACCCAACCACCCAACCUCUUCGACAAUCCACACACCUAUCACCGAUGGGGCAACAUCCACAACAUCAGCAACAUCCUCAACAACAUCAACAGCAACGACCUAUGAACUCUAUGAAGCCACCCACGCCGGGCAUGCCUGCGGUCAGUAACAGCAACAGUCACCCAAUGAUGCAUCAUGGGAAUGCAGAGCCCCCUCAGCCUAAUCAGAUGCCACCGCACAUGACGCAGAAUCCAAACAGUCGGAACAUGAUGCAUAACAAUGGCAGUGUACCAAACUCGUCACAAGCACCUCAAAACCACCAAAAUACUAACAGAAUGAGUCACACGACAGAUUUGAACUUUGACCCGGCAGCUGUGAUUGAAGGGGAGGAAGAAGCUGGAUUAGACCUUUUGCCAGACACAGUGGUAGAUGCGGAUUUGUUAUCCCUACUAGGUCAAGAGCAAGCUCCAAACAGCACUGACACAAGUGAUGAACUCUUACUGUUUCUUGACUCAUAGUAAUACAGGAGGCUUCGCUUGAUCAUUCCAGGGCUGGUGAAAAAAAAUAACCUCUUAAAAACUGAUGUCUGACAGGACUUUUGGUGCUGGCCAAAUAUGUGUUGAUAUGUAUUGUAUAUUCCAAGCUAUUUAUGAGUUGCGUAUAUAUAUUGCAGAGCCUCAUGGAGGACCACAACAAAGCAAUGUAUAUAAUGGAUCAGGGACCAGAUGUGAUUUUAUUUGAAAGUGAUCCAGAGAAUGAAAAUGGAUGUUUUAAGAUGGUCGAGUGUUUUAUAAAUUGAAAACGGACUGAAAACAUUUUUGACAAACUUAUUAAGAGCCACAUUCAAUUCUAAAAACACAUACAUACAAGUGAUGUUGAAAAGGUGCUGGAGUUCCCACCUACCAUUGAAGCCAUCAAUCGUGAAAGUUGUUUGUAAAUCAUGGACGCUGGAAAUUGUAAACUUGCUUUUCUUAACAAGAACUACUUUUAAUGAACGUUGAUGAUGGUAUCUCAUACAGCAUUAUUAGCCAGCUAAGAAGGCAAGUUAGCUGAAAGCGAUGAUACUCUCAGCAGCAUGCAGAGUCUCUUCCAAGCCUGGGUGAUCUUUCCUGAUCUAUGGGCCUAGGCUGUGAGAGCUACUAUACAGUGUAUAAGAUUCCAUAUCUCUGCUGUGAUCUUUAACUAGCUUGGAACAGAAGCUUGUGUUUAAUCCCUAAUCCUACCUUGAAUUAUCUCUUAUAUUUAUUGAAAAGCUUCCAAUGUUUUCUGGUAUGUUGUGUGCUGUAUAUUUUAUUAGAUGUUUACACAUGUGAAGCCAAUUAUGUAAAGGUCAUACGAAAAAAACAUCAACUCAAGAACACAUAUGAGACUAAAACAGUGUGAGAGAGAGGAAAAACAAGAGUUGUUUGAUCGAAAUCAAUAUGUGAUAGUUUUCAAUAUGACAAUGUAAAUUGUAAUCUAUUUAUUUGAAAAUGUUUCGACUUGACUAAAGUGACUCUGUGAUCAUGAGAUGGUAAGACAUCUUCCUGCUGAUGCAAUAUGGGUAAUAUGUAUCCAGUCAAGGACAUGAUGUAAAUUGUGGUAAUUUGUAAUUAAGUUGUUUUCGAUAACAACUCAAAAUGGCCAAAUUUGACAUAAACACAACUACAUUGGUAGUUUUGUUAGAAUGAUGGAUAAAUGAUUUUCUAGUUAAUACUGAGUAAGAUAUCAAGAGAGAUAAAUAUUUUUCCUGCUUAUACUAAUAAUGGCAUAUCUGAUUGGGUUUUUGAAAAUAAAAAAUGUUUUCAAUAAAUUAUGAUCUGUUUACAACCACAAUCUGAAAUCUACCAUGUUCUGUAUUUUAUAAAAGAAAACUCAUGAAUGAAAAAGAGAACAAAAAAGAAAUAUUGUUAUACUAAAUUGAUUUUGGAUCCGUCUUUUGUACAAUGAAUAUUAAUAAUUAUUAUUGGUAACCGAAAAAAUUCUAUAAAUUUUAAUGAAUAGAUUUUUUUGUUGAAACUGUCAUUGGCAGUUUGUCUGAGACAAUUAUAAUAAUCUUUAUCGUAGAUUAACUCGGCAUUUAGUCCUGUUUCACAAGAGAUUAUGUGUACAAAGUUAUUGUUGUCAUUAUCAAAACUGAAAAUGAAACCAAAAAUAUUUGAUGAUGAAUUGUAAUUAAAUGAUUUAAUAUUAAUUUAUGUAAAUUCAAAUAUAAAGCCCAGCAAAAUGGAAUACACUAAUUACGAAGCAUCUGAUACUGAAAUCAGAUUUUAUUUUGUUGGGUUGGGGGGGGGGGGGGAGGGGGCAAGGAUAAAUAAGUUCAUAGAAAAAUCAAAAUCACCAAUUACCUGCCGCACACUGCGUCAUACAACGGUCGUACGAGCAUAGGCUGACGAAUCAGUAUGCGCUGUCUGUAAGCGCUUGACGACACAACACCAUUUGCUGAUAGUUGAUAGCAAACUGGGAGGAUAGCCAUUUGAAAGAAAUCAGUUGCACAUACUUUGUCGUUCUCUAUGGAAUUGCGUCAGCUGACGACCAUUGGCGCAGUGUGUGUGCCCGUCUUUAGAGAAAGUCAUCUAUAAUCUACGGUAUGAGUGCUUGCUAUAUUUGCUUUUAUAUGUUUUUUUAUUUCAUAUAAAUUUCCAUUGUAAUCAUAAAUAUAACUAGUUAACUUAUAACAAUUUUUAUAAACCCUGAUCCUAAAGAUGCUGUUCCACUUCUCCUAAGUUGAUUUUUUUUUGUUCUAAAUCUACAGCAGCCCUGGAAAUGUUUUUUGCCGGAGUCGAAGUAAUUCUUAUGAUGUGUAGUAUCUGAAUGUGUUAUCGUAAGGCCAAAAAAAAAUUAAUAAUUAUAUUUUGACAAAGUAGACAUAUAUCAAUUGUAAAGUUGUGGAUACUACCGAUUGAAAACAAAAUAAUUUCCUGUAUAUAAGAUUGCCUGUAUUGUCUAAUUUACUUAAGAGUAUCCGUACAGUCCUGUCACUAAAUCCAAAGACAUAAAAAUCACUAAAUUAGGUGUUUAUUUUAAUGCCAGUCAUAUCUCUUCAUUUGCAUAUUACUGUUGAGUUAUCAUUUUCUCUGUUUUUAAGUGAGAUGGAAGAAGUUUUUGGAAUUUAGUAAGAUGAUUUUUUCCAUUCAUUUUAAAAUUGACCAAAUUGAAUAUAAAAAAAUACUUAUUUUCAAUUUCUUUUUUACCUGUGCCACAAGCAUUGACUAAUAGAUUGAUUGAUGACAACUAGUUGUCUAGAUAAAAAAAAAAUCAGAUUUACAGCAUCUUUAAUCUCUUCUUCAAAUGCAAAAAUUUUAUUUAAGAUUCUAGUCACUUAUUUUAAAAUCAAAGGUACUGUUAUGUUAUCUUAAACACAUCGGUCGGAAUUGUAAUGGUAACAGUUAAGGACUAGUAUUCAUGGUCUCUAUAUACUGUGAUAUGACAUACAGAUAAUGUUAAAAUUGUCUAUCGUUAGAAAAAUCUAUAAAAAGAAAACCACAGAAAUUGACUGUGGUUUGAUUUUUUGAAAGUAGAAAAUGAAUUGUUAUGGCAUGGGUGAAAUUUGUCAGACCCAGGUACCUUUUGUUUUGCUCUUUAUAAAGAAAGAACAAAAAAGAAAAAAAUGAGAUCUCAAAAUGUUCAUAUCACCCUAACCUGACUUCUUUCUGUUUGGUUCUCAUCUUCAAUUUGUUUAAACUUGCAACCUUAAGAAUUAUGUCCCCAAUAUAGGAAUGAAUAUGUGAAGACUUGGUAACUAGAUGAUGGGAGAUUUUGUUAAAAUUAUUUGUAUUAUAAUUACUAUCAUUCUGUGUUUAUUUUCAUAGUUAUCAUUUUUAUUUUAUCAAAAUCAUUCAUUUUGUUAUGACCGAUACUGAUUUCAUCGUAAUAAUAGUAAUGGCCAUUUACUAUAAUGAUGAUAACAAUACUGGAGUUUAAUAAUAAAUAUCUUUGUAAUAAUAAUAAUUAUACAUUAUAAUUUUUUAAAAAUAUUUAUACCACAUUUUUUUCGGUUUCCGUUUAAAAAAAAAGACAUUUUAAAAUGUUAAAGCAUUGAUUUACCUUGACUGAAACAACCCUCUUAAAACACAAGUAAAAAAUACACCCACCAAGUUUAAACAUUGUUAUUAAUGUUCACUUGCUUACAUAAGAGUGUACCCCCCCCCCUCAUUUCAGGGUGACAAUAUUUAUCAUAUUUUUAUUGUAGAUGAUACCUUGUGCUCAAAGCCCUGUGGAGGCUAUCAAAUUUUAUUU